CAAAAACAGCUGGGAUAGCUAUCCGUAGCCAGUCUGUCUCAAGCCACUUUGGUGAAAAGGAGUUUUGAUACAAGGAGGAGGGCUUUAUAGUGACCCAGUCAGCUCAACUUUUGGCACCAAGUUUAUCCUCUGCCAUGCAAAAGCUUCACUCUUCGCUGUGGGUCAGCACAACAAAGUCUGGAGCAUUCAAUGGAGUGUUGACAUGGGUGACACCUUCUUCCUUGUUCUGUGUCGGUGCAGCAUCGCAGAGCUUGAGCUCGGCCUUGAGCUCGCCAGUUGUGAGGUCGUAUUGCAAGGAGAUGUGCUUGCUGAAGCCGGGAAGCUGGGUCUACAUCGACGACUUGGCAUCUGAAGGAUAUAACCACAGGUAUGCGCAGGUGCUUGGUCCACAGGGCAGCAGAGGUUCAAAGGCGAAGCGUUACGGCUGCUCACUUUAUGGACUGCAGGGCAAGGAGGUUUACGACCGCGCCGUGCAUCAUCAGAUGUUUCGGACAGUUUCGCUAUCAGUUCGGAACCUAUUCAAAGUUGAGGCGACCGUGGCAGCUGUCCGUAUCUAUGCAGACGAGCCGCAUCCGGCAGAUGCGGUGCAAUUUUCAGCGGGAGGUGAUUGGAGUCUUCCUUCGUAUGUUUCCGAGGUUCGGAUACCCGCUGGUCUGCUUGGGUGUGUCCGAUCAGAUCAACUGUGUCCCAUUAUGAAGGACACUGGCAUGCCACUGAUACUGCAAGACGUUGAGAUGAUCUAUGCAGGAGAGGGAACUUGCAGUCUUGCAUCUGACUUGAAAAUGCCGGCAAUAUACCUCAUCUGGGAUGGGGGUGAGUUCGAUCAGUAUUGGAGGGAUCAUGCUGGCCCACAUCUCGUGUUCCGGGCGGAUGGUGUGAAUUUCUUCAUAGAGGACAUGGCGUUUGUAUCAGAAUUCAUGCGUUUUCUCACACACAAAGCAGAUAUUCUCAUGUAUAGGGGUGGUUUUUCCGAGCUCGUCGUACCCUCUCUGUUCAAUGAGUUCGAAAAGGAGUACCACAUUCAAGCUAGUCCCGCAGUACAUGAGAAUCAACGCUUCGAGACCCCACUCAGCGUCGACGAAGAAGUUGCAGCAAGUUUGGCUGAUGUCGAGUGGACGGAGCAUGUUGAGAAGCGUAUUCAUACAGAUUUGGCAGCUCAGCCUGGGUCAGAACCAUAUCAGUCCGUUCCUUCGAUUGUCCAACCUGCAGUCGAUAGUGCGCCAUCAGCAGAGAAAAUCCACAUUCUGCGCUUCGGGUCCCUAUCAAAUCCAGGCGAUGCCGUGAACACCUUCCGCCAAGAAUUGUUGCAUGGUAGCCAUUUGCGGCCGUGCCGGGAUGCCCUAACAGAAAACGGCCUCAGCUUUGUCCUUCCACAAGAGGCCCUUAUGGUGGUCACGCCGGAGCAGUACGCCGAGGUCAAGCAUGCUCUUAAGGACACCGAGCUCCAUCCCUUUCACCUCAUCGUGGCUGAACAGUUCGAGUACCUCAUUGAAGAAAUCCUGGCAGACUUCCCUUGCAAGCGUCGUCCCCGCGUCAAAGGCAGCAAUGCUGGCCGACAGGAGCUGUGCAGUCUUCCAAAGAGUCCGCGGAUGGAACCCGAUGAAGAGGACACUGCAGAAGCAGGCUCGAGUUGCAAAGAGCAAGCAGAAGCAUCCGGACAAUCCGAAACGGGUGUGUGCCGUCAAGCGUUCAUUGAGAUGCGCACAUUUUUGUGCGAAGCCCCAGUCUUGAAGAGUGAUGCGAGUGUGUCCUGCCAGUCCACCACUGAGGUCCAUGUCGAUGGGCAGUUCUCUCACAGCCAUUAUGGCUACCGCCGAGGCUUGAAUCCCCGCCGGUUCGCAUGAACCCCCGCAGCGGACAUGCAGGCUCAAUCCUAUUUUCGUGAUUCCAUGCUGUCAUAUAAAGGGCUCCUGGUAGGCGUGAUGCCCGCCAUGAGCUCCAUAUGCAAAGCAUGGGGAAUUCUUCACAGUGCAUUCUGCUCUCUGCGCAGGCUUUCGCGACAUUGCUCAUUGUCACUCGGAGAAG